GCGAGAGAUUGGGAGACGGGCGGCGGAGGAGGGACGGGCACCGGGCACCGGGUACGGGGCAAGGAGGGCCCCUCACCCUCCCACACCCCCACUGCAGCACCGGCCCCGAGCGCGGCGGAGAGCGCACCUCUCUUGAAGCUGGGGAGUUCUGCUCGUCGACCAGCUAAAGCUACUGUCUGGCUUCACUGAAGACUGAGAAGCAUAGCAACUGUUUAGCUUGGCCCGGUGCGUCAUGUCCACAAUGGUGCAGUUAAAUGAAAAGCUGAGUGCGGACGAGAUCAUUACCGGCACCAAGCAGGUCAUCCAGGGGUUGGAGGCACUGAGGAACGAAAACAAUGCCAUCCUACAGAACCUACAAGAAACACUGAAUGGUCUGACUGAAGAUGAAGAAGCUCACCUGGUGGAAGAGAAGACCUGUCUGGUCCAGAGAUCACUGGAGAUGAUUGAGCUGGGGCUAAGUGAAGCACAGGUGGUGACCGCUCUGUCGACCCAUCUCAGCACCGUGGAGGCAGAGAAGCAGAAGCUACGAGCACAGGUGCGUCGGCUGUGCCAGGAGAACCAGUGGUUGCGGGAUGAGCUGGCUGGCACCCAGCAGAAGCUGCAGAAGAGCGAGCAGAUGGUGGCACAGCUGGAGGAGGAGAAGAAGCAUCUUGAAUUCAUGAACCAAAUCAAAAAGUACGACGAGGAGGAGGCAGGGGAAGAUAAAGUCAGUGUGUUCGCAAAGGGUCCACUGGAUGACCUGUUCCCCAGCGAGGAUGAGCCGACUCAACUGCAUCAGCCACACAGCAGUGCAGCAGCUGCUGCCCAGCAGGGCGGGUAUGAGAUCCCAGCACGACUGCGAACAUUGCACAACCUGGUCAUACAGUAUGCUUCACAAGGCCGCUAUGAAGUGGCUGUUCCACUCUGUAAACAAGCACUGGAGGACCUGGAGAAAACGUCAGGCCACAACCACCCCGACGUGGCCACCAUGCUAAAUAUUCUCGCCUUGGUGUACAGAGAUCAAAACAAAUACAAAGAAGCUGCAAACCUCUUGAACGAUGCUCUGACGAUCCGGGAGAAAACCCUGGGCCAGGACCAUCCAGCGGUAGCUGCCACAUUGAAUAAUCUUGCUGUACUUUUUGGCAAGAGAGGAAAAUACAAAGAAGCUGAACCGCUCUGCAAGAGAGCUUUGGAAAUCCGAGAGAAGGUGCUGGGCAAGGACCACCCCGAUGUAGCAAAGCAGCUGAAUAACCUGGCGUUGCUGUGUCAGAACCAGGGCAAGUAUGAGGAGGUGGAGUAUUACUAUGAGCGGGCCUUGGAGAUCUACCAGACCAAGCUGGGAUCAGAGGAUCCCAAUGUGGCCAAGACGAAGAAUAACCUGGCUUCCUGCUACUUAAAGCAAGGCAAGUACAGACAGGCUGAGGCUCUGUACAAAGAAAUCCUAACACGGGCCCACGAGAGAGAGUUUGGCUCUGUUGAUGGUGACCACAGGCGGGUGUGGAUAAACUCUGAAGACGGAGACGAUUCAAACAAGGUUAUGUUUACCACACUGUGCCUGUCAUCAGGCAAGCCGCCCAUAAGACUUGUCAGUGUCGCUAAGGGUAGACUGACCCCUGCAGACAGCUACUGGGAACGCAUCGAAUCUUCAGUCUACUGCACAGCCUGCAGCGAUACAGCAGGACUGCCAGAUGGUGACGGGACUCUACGACUGCAGCAGAAAGGGAAUGAGAUUGUUCUGAUCCCCAACAAAAGGGACACCAAUUUCUUGCCAAAGGCACCUGGCAGCACACCCAACACUCGCCCCUGCAGGCGGCUCUACCCCUGUGACUACCUGGAUGCUACCGCUGUGAUAUUUGCAAAUGGGCCAGAGGGCUGCGAGGAAGUGAGUAUGGGACUGGAAUGGAAUGGGGACACGCUUGGGAGCCUGAAACGCAGCGGAUCCUUCACCAAACUCCGUGACUCCAUUCGAAGAAGCAGCGAGAAGCUUGUCCGAAAGCUGAAAGGAGUCACAGCACAGGACACACGGCCAAGGAACCCAGGGAUGAAGCGAGCAAAUUCCCUGAAUGUUCUGAAUGUGGGAAGCAGAACUACUGGAGACACCUACCAGCCGCCGACCAACAGCCUGACGGAAUCCCGCGUCCUGAGCACCAGCCACACCCACCUGGCACGCCGUGGGUCUCUGACCGAAUCCGGCUAGGACACACUGGGCAUCAGGAGCAUCUGAAGUUGCUCAGAACUCUGCAGUGCACUGCCCCUCAACAC